GGUGGACAACGACAGAUGAGGUACCAGCUGAAAAAAAAUAUUUCAAUGGUAUACCAGCAAAUCAAGUGAGGACCACAUCGCCAGUUAAACAUAUGACAGACGAUCAAUGGAAAGCAUUGGUGGAGAUGUGGUCAGACGCAAAGCACAAGGAAAAGUGUACCAAAAACCAACUAAAUCGAGAGAAUGUCCGGUUACAUCAGCGCACUGGAUCUCGAUGCUACAUUGCACAGGCCCAUGUUGUGGAUGAUAUGGAAGGCAUUAUGAGUGAACCAGUACAAGAUGGACAGGAACCAAAGUCAGCAAAAGAAACUGUUUCUCAGGUUGUCAAAUCAACUACUUUUCUUCGUGUUGCAGGUGUUUGUUCAGCCUCCAAGAGUACCUCUAGAGGUGCAAUAUCAUCACAGGUCCACGAUCUUCAGGUUGAGCUUGAGAAUGAGAAGCAAGAAAAAGGAGAACUUCGACAAGAGUUGGAUAAUUUGAAGAUGGAAUCAGAAACUUCAAGGGUAAAACAUUCUGAGGAAAUAGAGGGUUUAAAGAAGACAUCACAAGAAAUGCAUGGUCUCCUUCGCCAACUAUUGAGCUUCAACCAGGGUCAACACAAUCCAGGGUCAUAAAGUUACUAAGCCACCAACAGUGAACUAUUGUAGGAUGUUUCUGUUCUGAAAUUUGGUUUUUAGUUGAACUAUGUCUAGUUUUAUCAAUAGUUGGUUGCUAGUUGUUUACAUGUACAACUAAGUAGGUCCAAGUUUGUUGAUUUUUGUUACUGGUAGCUCCAAGUUGUGUUGAACAUUGUUGCUUCUUA